GUGGAACCUUCAACAAAUCCUUUCGUUUUGCUAGCUCGGCAGAGCUGCUGGACGUCUAAGUAGACUAGCUCGCAAACUCUUCCUCUGCCGUAUUUGCCGCAAGGGCUCCGUCUAGGCCUUGCAGCGUGCACUGCAACUACAAAAGUUCUCGCACUGAGGUUUAGGCAAACCAACGGAACACAGCAAGACCCUUAAGGACAGGGGAUUCCAUGGCCGACCAUGGAAGUACAUUCUUUGACGACCAGGCCGGCCACUGGGACGACAAACCGUUGCAUCGUGAAAUGGCCUCUAAGGCGGUGGAGCAUCUGUUAGCCAAUGUUCCUAUAACGGAAGGCACGACUCUUCUGGAAGUUGGUAGCGGAACCGGACUUUGCUCCGAGAUGCUCGCAGCUAAAGGCAUCAAGGUUGUUGGUGUAGACACCUCCAUCGGCAUGGUGAAUGCGUUCAACGCCAAGGCGGAGAAGCUAGGUCUGGUUGACAAAAUGAAGUCCGUUCAGAUCCUGCUUACUUCGGACAAGACCCCUCAGCAGCAGCUUGGAGACCUGCUACCAGCAGCAGGUUUCGAUGUCGCCUUCUCCCACCUCACGUUCCACCAUGUUCCGAGCAUCAAAGAGACUCUUCUAGCCGUAAUGAGCUGCCUCAAGGAGCACUCCGGUGUCGUCGCCAUCUCAGACUUUGAAGCAGAGCUCCAUGCGCCAGAAUUCCACCCCUCCAACAUCCAUGGGGAGGUGCAGAGGCAUGGGCUGGUCGUGGAUGACCUGGCAAGGGACAUGGAGGCAGUGGGCCUGCAGCAAGUGAAGGUGCUGCGGCCGUUCAAGAUUGACAAGGACGUGGAGUCUGGCGGGUCUAGGAAGUUCCAGUUCAUCCUCAGCCUGGGAACGCGCCCCUGAGAAUAAGAUGCUGUACAGUUGACUUAUUGACCUGAGAUUGAGGUGUGGGUUGUUUACUGACUUCAUAUAUUUUUGGCAGGGUUUUGCUGCUGCAGGGAUCAGUACAUACCAUAAACAUUAGUGCAAUGU